CUCAAUCGAGGGUUUCCCAACACCAUCAGGGUCAACAGCAUUCAAACGCAAGCCUUGUCAUUUCGUUUCAAACAGCUUUCUCGCGCAUGCCCUGCGCAGAUUGAUCCAAUGCACAAGCAUGUGCACCUUAAUUCACCCGAAUGAUUCUUCAACAACUCAAUCGCAGAACCACACCUGUGAACGGUGGUGAACCUCGAUCCUUCAUCUCAAUACAACAUUCGCUCCCACCAUGGCACCCAAGAAGAAUCAGCAGCAGGAAAUGGUGCAGGUCGGUUAGUCUUCACCGUGUCUCCCCAUUCAGACUUCUGGUCACAGUCGCCGCCACUACGUUGUACUGACUCGAUAUUGUGGUCUGCUGCAGAUCGAACAGAACGGCCUUCGUCCCCUUUCUGGCGAAGUCGUUCCUCCAACUCCUCUCGUCAGCCUUCUGGUAAAUCGACCAAGGUCAUCGGUGCCUCAUACUCUCACGCAGACAUGUUGAUGUUUGAUUCAUUAUCCUUGGGCUCCAAUUCCGGUAGUAGACCUCGAACUCCCCCAACAUCGUCCACGAGACAGGCUCAGACCCCACCUUCUGAACGAACGAGUUUCCAAUCCCCCGAAAGAAGACCGCACCCGACUUAUACCUCAUCUACUUUAAGCAAUAACGGCUGGGAUGUGCUUGGAGACAGUGAUGGCGAAGGCGAGGAGGAGGACCUGGUUUACGACGACGAUGAGGAUGAGUUUGGGCUGCCGAGUCUCGCCAGCAUGCGCCGGAAACGGAGCAUUAGGAAUAAAAAUGUCAAGGGUCACCAAGUGAACUAUCCCACACUCUCACACACGACGUCGGCUCCAGCAUCGUCGUCUGGACUUGACCACGUGAGGUCGAACAGUUUCGACAUUGCUGAGGAGCGGAAUCCUCUUUCCUAUCCCAGUGCCCGAAAAGGUGACGGCAAGAUCCUCCGGCCGCAAUAUAAAGACAUUUUAAGAGAUCCUGCAAACUCUCUUCACCUCAUCGGCCAUCCUUCCCUCCCAGCCAAUUCUACGCCUAAGCAGACUGAGGCACAUUCCACCAGGAUUUCGCGUAUCAACAAGUUCAAACGAAUCCUUCAAAGCAGCUCGGUGUCCCUGCCAGAUCUUCGAGCGGCAGCGUGGUCAGGGAUUCCUGAGGAAGUGCGGGCCAUAACAUGGCAGCUUCUCCUGGGCCAUCUACCCACCAACAGCGAGCGACGGGUCACUACACUCGAACGCAAAAGGAAGGAGUACCUAGACGCAGUCCGGACGGCCUUCAACGGAGCUAGCACAGGCCGAAAUGGGUCCAGUAUUGGUGCGGCAAACCAUACACCAGGGAGAGGGCGGGGUCUGGACGAAGCGGUCUGGCAUCAGGUGAGCAUCGAUGUGCCACGUACCAACCCCCAUAUUCCCCUUUACGCCUUUGAGGCGACGCAGAGGUCGUUGGAGCGUAUCCUGUACGUGUGGGCAGUUCGGCACCCUGCGAGUGGCUAUGUCCAAGGGAUCAAUGACCUCGCAACACCUUUUUUCCAGGUUUUCCUCGGCACCUACAUUACUGACUUGAACGUUGAAUCCGGAAUGGACCCUGGGCAGUUACCCCGACCUGUAUUGGACGCGGUCGAGGCCGACACUUUUUGGUGUUUGACCAAGCUAUUGGAUGGCAUCCAGGAUAAUUAUAUUGUGGCGCAACCCGGGAUACACCGUCAGGUAACGGCGCUGCGGGACCUGACCACGAGGAUUGACGCAGGACUUGCCAAGCAUUUUGAGGACGAGCAUGUCGAGUAUAUGCAGUUCAGUUUCCGAUGGAUGAAUUGCCUGUUGAUGCGAGAACUCAGUAUCAAGAACGUAAUCAGGAUGUGGGACACAUACAUGGCUGAAGAGAACGGGUUUUCUCAAUUCCAUUUAUAUGUAUGCGCCGCGUUCUUGGUCAAGUGGAGUGAACAGCUUAUGAAGAUGGGAUUCCAAGAGAUCCUGAUGUUCCUGCAAGCACUGCCUACGCGGGACUGGACGGAAAAGGACAUUGAACUCCUCUUGUCCGAGGCGUUUAUAUGGCAGAGUCUGUUUAGAGGGUCUCGGGCACAUUUGAAGACGGCCGAUAGCAGGGUUCCCAUGGGAAGCCUAGGGCCCGCGGGGUGACCGAGAUUUCGGCGACACCUCAUUUCGGCAUGCAGCAUAGGAGUAGACACGAGAGUUCGAAGAGAUGGGUCUGGGAUCUUCCGCUGGAUGUCCAUGCCGAUCAAUGUUGGGCAGCGUCCAAAAAUGACUAUGAAUCUAAACGAGCAAUAAUCACUAGAUCAACCUACACUUUUCG